AUGGAGGGGAAUAAAAGGGUGGCGGUCGCCGUGCGUGUUCGUCCCAUUUUGCGGGAAGGCACGAGUUAUACGCACAUGCAGGAAAAGUUUGAGCUUGAGGCUGUGCAGCGCACGGGGGACACAUCACUCAAAGUUCAGCUUCAGCGAGAGGGCGAGCCUACGCGCAGCAGCUCGUUCACCUUUGAUCACAUCUUUGAUCAGGAAAGUACCCAGCUGGAGGUUUACGAGGAAUCCGUCGUGGACCUCGUUGAGGCUGCCCUGUCAGGUGCGAAUGUCACUAUACUUGCCUACGGCCAAACGGGUUCUGGAAAGACGUACACGGUGCUGGGCGACGUGAAACCCAACCCGCUCGAGAAUGACCUUCUUACGUACGAUAGUGGUCUCUUCCUGCGUAUUUUAAGUGACUUGACGGAGUACAAGGCCCGACAGGCAAAGAAGGGCUUCCACGUUGUCAUUGGGCUUAGUUGUGUGGAGAUAUACAACGAAAGUAUUCGUGAUUUGUUUGGCGGAGGCCCAGGGACACCGCCGCCUCCGCUGAAGGCGGUUAUGAUUGGAGAUGAGGUGCUUCUCCCCUCGCUUAUCACGAAGGAGGUGACCUCACUGCAGGCAGUCUUCAAUGAGAUUCAGCUUGCCAUCUCGCGUCGCAAGAGUCGUUCCACAGAUAGCAACUCCACAUCCAGCAGGAGCCACUGCCUGUUCCUUAUUGAUAUUUUGCAGCGGGCCGCCACAGCCUCCGCUCCGUCACUGUCAUUGCUUGAGCGAAAGAAUAAUACCAAAGAAAAGGAGGGUAAACGGGCGGUGUGCGAUGGCAGUGGUGCAGGGGAGAUGCCGUUUGACGGCAUGACAUACCGUAUUAAUGGUCAGCGGGAGCUUGUUUUUGGCAGCAAAAUCAUGCUAGCAGACCUGGCUGGCAGUGAAAAGAUUGCAAAGAGCGGGGUCUCUGGAGAGGGGCUUGCGGAGGCCACCUCCAUCAACAGCAGCCUUACGGCAUUGGGGAACGUCGUACAUAGUCUUUACGAGGGCGGCUACGUCAGCUACCGCACCUCCAAUCUAACACGUCUGCUGAAGCCGACGUUCAGUCAGCAAAACUCGCGGGUUCUGCUCCUGUCGCAGGUUUCCCCGACGCAACUAACAUUUGAUGAAACCAUCAGUACACUGCACUUCGCCAACAAGGUCAAGGCCAUGAAGGUGACAACAACAACAGGCGCUGAAGCUGAACGACUCCUUUUUGAUUACCUGGAGACAGAAAAAGCGUACGACACGCUGUUGGCGGAUCUUCACAUUUUUGAAACCGAAGCUGAGGCAAAGAGUGCCGUCAUCCGGAGGAAGUGCAGGCAGAAUGAGGGCUUGUACUAUAGCACUCUCGCCAGGGCAAAGACAAAGACCAGUUUGAAGGAUCAACGAUCCUUCAUUGAGAGCACGGGUGCUCUUCGUUUUGCUGCUGAAGAGCACAACGUAAUAGUGCGGCGGCGGCAGCAGGAGGAGCUGCAUCAAGAUGAGGAACUAGAGAAAAUGACACAUGAAGCCGCCAGGGAGAGAGUUGUGGAAUACACCAAUCUCGUGGCGGAGAUGAGGGAGUCCAUAGCCAAGGAAAAGGCUGUUUCCCAACGCCUCCUUCUUCAGGCAUUUCAAGUGGUCUCGGCAGGAGAAGCCUCUGUCAUCCAGACGAAAGAAGCUGCGACGUUUGCGGCGUUGGCAGCACGGUUUGCCGCUGAGCAUAUUGUCAUGUGUAGGAAACGAAUAGAAGAAAUCGAAGGCGAACAAGAGGGGAUCAGCAAAAAAUUUAACGCGGUGCGCCUUUCUUCUAUUGAGGUGCCUGAGAUUGCGGACGACAACUUUAAAUAUGCCCAGGCAUGUUGGGGCCACACUACGGCAAAGAAAUUCUUCGCAAAGUGCAUGGAGCUUCGGGAGAUUCAAGCGCAGUACGCAAUACUUCAGAAGGGCUGUUUUGCCCUGGAGGAGUGGAAGGUGAAGAAUAAGGAGUUCAUACAACGGGUGCAGGAACAGCUAGCACAGACUGUGGAGUAG